UACUCCCUAAAAAAUCAGAAGCAGCUAGAGCUGAGAUGAGGGUGAACUUUUUGGUUCAUGAAGCAGAAUUGUUCAUGGAGAUUACAAAUGCGCUUCCUUUUUUUAGCACAAGUUCUAACCGGGGAAUGCAAAUAAUGUGCUUUUUCCCUGGACAAUCAAAUACAUGUAUUGCUUUUUUUCCUGUGUUUCCUCCUUGUAGCCCUACUCUUUAAUGCUAAUAAUCAUCCAAAAGGCUU